AUGGGUUCUUCCAGCCCUUCUAUCUUUUCCACGCGCAUCGUGCCCGCCGCUCCGGAGGAUCCUCUCUUCGGUCUGGCCCAGGCUUUCCGUCAGGACCCUUCGGAUAAAAAGGUCGACUUGGUCAUCGGCGCCUACAGAGACGAUACCGCAAAGCCUUGGGUACUUCCUGUCGUCAAGAAAGCAGACGAGGCCAUUCGCAAUGAUCCCAACCUCAACCAUGAAUAUCUGCCCAUCAAGGGCUUGGCUGAUUUUACCGCUGCCGCUCAGAAGCUCAGUCUUGGGGCUGAUAGUCCCGCAAUUCGAGAAAAAAGAGUCUGCACGCUUCAAGCUGUUUCUGGCACCGGUGCAUUGCAUCUAGGCUCUCUCUUCCUUUCUCGAUUCCACCCCAACACUCCCCAGAUCUACCUCUCCAACCCAACAUGGGCCAACCACCACCAGAUCUUCACCAAUGUCGGCCUCUCCCUCGCCAGCUACCCUUACUUCUCCCCCAAGACCAAAGGCCUCGACUUUGAUGGCAUGAUCAGCGCCCUGCGCGCCGCACCCGCCGGCUCCAUCAUCCUCCUCCAUGCAUGUGCCCACAACCCCACCGGCGUCGAUCCCACCCAGGAACAAUGGAAGGAGAUCGCCGUCGUCAUGCGCGAGCGCAAUCACUUCCCCUUCUUCGACACCGCCUACCAGGGCUUCGCGUCUGGUGACCUCGCCCGUGACGCCUGGGCAAUCCGGUACUUUGUCGAACAGGGCUUCGAGCUCUGCGUCGCGCAGUCCUUCGCAAAGAACUUUGGUCUGUACGGCCAGCGUGCCGGUGCCUUCCACUUUGUCUCCGCCCCCGGUCCCGACUCCGAGGCCGCCAGCCACAACAUCGCCUCUCAGCUCGCUAUCCUCCAACGCUCCGAAAUCUCAAACCCCCCAGCGUACGGCGCCCGCAUCGUCAGUCGCGUCCUCAAUGACCCCCAGCUCUACGCCGAGUGGGAAGAAGACCUCCGCACCAUGAGCGGCCGCAUCACCCAGAUGCGCUCGGGAUUGCGUCAGCGUCUCGAGGCCAAGGGCACCCCGGGCUCCUGGUCGCAUGUAACAAGUCAAAUCGGCAUGUUCAGCUUCACAGGGUUAACAGAAGCCCAGGUGAAGGUAUUGCGAGAGAAAUGGCAUGUCUACAUGACGAAAAACGGCCGUAUCUCCAUGGCGGGCCUCAAUACAAAUAACCUCGAUUACUUUGCCGAUGCGGUUGAUAGCGUUGUACGGGAGACUUCAUGA